GUUUUGACACCCUAUUUCUCAUAUUGAAUAUCGAGUUGUCAGAUAUUUGCGGGAUGGGGGCUAUGAUCAUAUCAUGGAUCAUUUUCUCGAGAAAAAAAAUUAUUGUGGGAUCAGAUUGAACGAAUUUUGGACUAAGGUCAAUAUGGUCGACGGUCUCCGGCAUCUGCCAUUGAGUAUUGACUGGUGAAAGGAAUGUUGAACUUUGAAAUCUUGUAAGUUUACUGUCAUACAAGAGGUGCAGGACAGGGUCACACUCACAGGAGACGCAGCUCCCUUAUUUCAGUAUCAAACAGUGCAACUUCAGAAUAACAGGAGCAUUUUACCGAUUUCUGAUAUCGGAUUUCCGUGGGACGGGUACGGGGCCGGGGAAAGAGAAGAAGGAAGCCCUAGCUCUUUCUUCUUCUUCUUCUUCUUCUUUUCCCCAUUUUUGAGGAGGCCUAGGGGGAAGAGGGGACCGACUUUAGAAAAAUUAGUACACGGAAGAAAGAAAUGGAGAACUCGACCACCCAAGAAUCCCAUCUCAGGUCGGAUAAUUUCUUCACGUACGACUCGCCGUACCCAAUCUAUGCGAUGGCCUUCUCUUCUUCUCCAUCCCCCUCUUCCGAAAAAACCCACCGUAUCGCCGUCGGUAGCUUCUUGGAAGAGUACAACAACAAAGUCGACAUCGUCUCCUUCGACGAUGAAACCCUAACUUUCAGAACCAAUCCCAAUCUCUCUUUCGACCAUCCUUACCCCCCGACCAAGCUCAUGUUCCACCCCCUACGGAACUCUUCCGAGAUUCUGGCCUCCACCGGGGAUUAUCUUCGACUCUGGGAAGUUCGUGACAAUUCGAUUGAGCCCAGAUCUGUUUUCAACAACUGCAAGACCAGCGAGUUCUGCGCCCCGCUUACUUCGUUCGAUUGGAACGAAUUGGAGCCCCGGAGGAUUGGUACUUCGAGCAUAGAUACAACCUGCACGAUUUGGGACAUCGAAAGAGGCGUCGUCGAGACGCAACUUAUCGCGCACGAUAAGGAGGUCUACGACAUCGCCUGGGGUGAGGCCGGGGUGUUUGCUUCCGUUUCGGCUGAUGGGUCCGUUCGGAUGUUUGACUUGAGGGAUAAGGAGCACUCCACGAUUAUCUACGAGAGCCCUCUUCCUGAUACGCCGCUGCUUAGAUUGGCGUGGAACAAGCAGGACCUGAGGUACAUGGCCACCAUCUUGAUGGAUAGCAAUAAGGUGGUGAUUUUGGAUAUUCGUUCACCAACCAUGCCGGUCGCUGAGUUGGAAAGGCACCAGGCGAGCGUCAAUGCCAUUGCCUGGGCACCGCAGAGUUGCCGACACAUCUGCUCUGCGAGUGAUGACACGCAGGCUCUCAUUUGGGAGCUGCCCACAGUUGCCGGUCCAAGCGGUAUCGAUCCCAUUCUGGCAUAUUCCGCGGGGUCCGAGAUUAACCAGCUGCAGUGGUCGGCAGCUCAGCCUGAUUGGAUUGCCAUUUCAUUCGCCUCCAAAAUGCAGUUGCUCAAGGUUUGAGACUUGAGGUUUGUCUUAAUUUCUCCCUUCGUCAAUCUAAGAUGUGCAUCCGACUGCAAUUUUGGCAAUGUUAGGAUUGUAUACUUAAAUAUGUUUAACAUGCACUUAUGCUAGGCAUGGCUUGUUUAGAUGACUUCUACCUGUGUUGUUAGGUUGCCAAAGAAGAGGCUCUAUUUUGUUUCC